AGCGGAAGUGGUCCUCGAAAGGUUUUUUUUCGCCGCUAAUGUCAGGAGUUUCUCCGCAUUUUAAUUCCGAGGGGUCUCUGAGGUUUUUUGGUGUCUCUGGGGAGCUCCUGGGUUAGAUCUUCCAGACUUCAGCCUGCCUUUCUCCAGCAGCUCUGCUUGAGUUUACAGAUGUCUACAAAGCUUUAGGCUCCUGAGAGAAUAAAGUUUGAGACCUACCCUGAUCAUGUCAGCUAAUCGGACCUCUCCCCAGAAAUCCCUGGUCCAGGUUCCAGAGGAAUGUGAUAAUUCAUACGAGGGAUCGGUGUCCUUCAGGGAUGUGGCUGUAGAUUUCAGCAGAGAUGAGUGGCAGCAUCUAGACCUUGCUCAGAGAAACCUGUACCGGGAUGUGAUGCUGGAGACCUACAGUCACCUGCUCUCUGUAGGGUAUGAAGUUCCCCAACCAGAAGUUUUCAUGUUGGAGCAAGGAAAGGAGCCAUGGGCAUUGCAGGGUGAGAGCCCACAUCAGAGCUGUCCAGAAGAAUUGUGGCAGAUGGGUGACCAGAUAGAGAGCUAUCAGCAAAGAGAAAACAAAUCUUUAAGAGAUGUUGCUUUCAUCAAGAAAAUUUUGACUACAAAGGAUUAUGAAUAUAAGGACAUUAGAAAAAUAAUUCAUGUGAGCCAAAACAUUCUUUCACCAAAAAGACCCCAUCAAUGUGACUCAUUUGGAAAUGCUUUGAAGCAUAAUUUAGAUUUACACAGUUAUUAUAGAAACAGUGCAUCAAAGAACAUUAAUAAGAUUAUUGAAGAUAGUAAAAUUUCUUCCUGUACUGACCCUGAGUGUUCUCCAACAGGAGAGAAGUUAUGGGACCAUAAUCAAUGUGGAAAAAUCCUCAGCUAUAAACAAGCACCCUCUCAACAUCAGAAAAUUCAUACUGGGGAAAAAUCUUAUGAAUGUGCUGAAUUUGGAAAGAUCUUCACCCAGAAGUCACAGCUCAGGGUACAUCUGAAAGUUCAUACAGGAGAAAAACUUUAUGUGUGCAUCGACUGUGGGAAGGCUUUUGUAAAGAAGCCAGAAUUCAUUACACAUCAGAGAACCCAUACUAGAGAGAAGCCCUAUAAAUGCAGUGAAUGUGGAAAAGCUUUCUUCCAAGUAUCUUCUCUCUUAAGGCACCAGAGAAUUCAUACUGGAGAAAAACUUUAUGAAUGCAGUGAAUGUGGAAAAGGAUUCUCUUAUAACUCCGAUCUCAGUAUACAUCAAAAAAUUCAUACUGGAGAGAGACACCAUGAAUGCAGUGAUUGUGGCAAAGCAUUUACACAAAAGUCCACACUCAAGAUGCAUCAGAAGAUUCAUACAGGUGAGCGAUCCUAUAUAUGUAUCGAAUGUGGACAGGCCUUCAUCCAGAAGACACACUUGAUUGCACACCGAAGAAUUCAUACUGGAGAAAAACCAUAUGAAUGCAAUAACUGUGGGAAGUCCUUCAUUUCUAAGUCACAACUCCAGGUACAUCAACGAAUUCACACAAGAAUGAAACCCUUUAUAUAUACUGAAUAUGGGAAGAUGUUUAAUAAUAGUUCCAACCUUAUUACACAUAAGAAAGUUCAAAUUAGAGAGAAAUCUUCCAUAUGUACUGAAUGUGGUAAGGCCUUUACAUACAGGUCAGAACUGAUUAUACAUCAGAGAAUUCACACUGGGGAAAAACCUUAUGAAUGCAGUGAUUGUGGAAAAGCCUUUACUCAGAAGUCAGCACUCACAGUGCACCAGAGAAUUCAUACAGGAGAAAAAUCAUAUGUAUGCAUGAAAUGUGGACUAGCCUUCAUCCAGAAGGCUCACUUGAUUGCACAUCAGAUAAUUCACACAGGAGAGAAACCUUAUAAAUGUGGCCACUGUGGGAAAUCCUUUACUUCCAAGUCACAACUCCAUGUACAUAAACGAAUUCACACAGGAGAGAAACCUUAUAUGUGCACUAAAUGUGGGAAGGCAUUCACCAACAGGUCAAAUCUUAUUACACAUCAGAAAACUCAUACAGGAGAGAAAUCUUAUAUAUGUCCCAAAUGUGGAAAGGCCUUCACACAAAGGUCAGAUUUGAUUACGCAUCAGAGAAUUCAUACUGGAGAGAAACCUUAUGAAUGUGGUACCUGUGGAAAAGCCUUUACCCAAAAGUCACACCUCAAUAUACACCAGAAAAUUCAUACGGGAGAAAGACAGUAUGAAUGCCAUGAAUGUGGGAAAGCCUUUAACCAGAAGUCAAUACUCAUUGUGCAUCAGAAAAUUCAUACAGGAGAGAAACCUUAUGUAUGCAGUGAGUGUGGAAGAGCUUUCAUCCGGAAAUCAAACUUCAUUACUCAUCAGAGAAUUCAUACUGGAGAGAAACCUUAUGAAUGCAGUGAUUGUGGGAAAUCCUUCACCUCCAAAUCUCAGCUCCUCGUGCAUCAGCCAAUUCACACAGGAGAAAAACCAUAUGUGUGCGCUGUGUGUGGGAAAGCCUUUAGUGGCAGGUCAAAUCUCAGUAAACACCAGAAAACUCAUACUGGAGAAAAGCCCUACAUCUGUUCUGAAUGUGGGAAGACCUUCAGACAGAAGUCAGAGUUGAUUAUACAUCAUAGAAUUCACACUGGAGAGAAACCUUAUGAAUGCAAUGACUGUGGCAAAUCUUUCACUAAGAAAUCACAACUCCAAGUGCAUCAGCGAAUUCACACAGGAGAAAAGCCUUAUGUAUGUGCUGAGUGUGGGAAGGCUUUCACAGAUAGGUCAAAUUUGAAUAAACACCAGACAACACACACUGGAGACAAACCUUAUAAGUGUGUAGUCUGUGGGAAAGGCUUCGUCCAGAAAUCUGUGCUCAAUGUCCAUCAGAGUAUUCACACUUGAGAGGAAUGAUAUGAGAAAACCUCAGUGAGAUCAGGUCUGAUUUUACAUCAUUGAAUUUGUUCAGAAAAAUAUGCAUAUUAUCAUAAGUAGAAAUACCCCAUCAAAAUGUCACACAUUACUGUACAGAAAAGAGCCUUGAAUGAAGGGGGCCCUUCCCACAUUGUCACUGCCUUCAUUAAGCCUUGAGGCAUUCAUACUGGAAGAAAAAGUAAUUUUGUCAAUUUGACCGAUUAGAAGAAGGCUUCUCACAAAAAAUAUGAUGGAACAGGGACGCCUGGGUGGUACUGUCGGUUGAGCAUCCAGUUCUUGACCUCGGCUCAGGUCUUGAUCUCAUGGUU